GGCUGAGAAGGGGCGGCCAGCAGUGUGGUUAAAGGCAGCAGACGGACAGGGAGAUGCGGAAGGGUGGAGGGACAGCGAUGUUCGGUCCCCGUAUAGACAGACCGUCACCACCACAUCAACAACAACACGACACCAUCCAGACCAAAGGACCAAUAUGGCGACGACGAGUAGCAAAGAUCGAGCCUCCAGCACCCCAACCGAGUCCGGAACUCAAACUGAUAUUGAGACCGAAACCCGAAGUGAACCCUGUCCUCAAGCUGAAACCGAAAUCGGAACCGGAACCUGAACUAAAGCUGAAAUUGAACCCUGUACUGAAGUUUAACCCUGUACCGAAGCUUAAAACGAAUCUGGAACCGAAGCCGGAACUAAACUCUGAACUCAAGCUGAAACUGAACCCUGUACCGAAGUGGAAACCGAAUCCGGAGCCGAAGUUUAAACUGAAUCUGGAACCGAAAAUAAAACCGAAUCCGGACCCGAAGUGGAAACCGAAUCCAGACCCGAAGAUAAAACCGAAUCCGGAACCGAAGUGGAAACCGAAACCGGAACCGAAACCGGAACCGAAACCGAACCCGGAGGAAGAACAGGCUAAAGAAGAAGAGGAAGAUGCAGGCCCUCACAGUGACCUGCUUUGUCCCCUGUGUAAUGACCUGUACGACGAAGAUAAGAGAGAACCUGUACUACUUCCUCGUUGUGGUCACACCUUCUGCAGGCCCUGCCUCUCAAAGGACUCCAAGAAGGGUCACUUCCCUUGCCCGACCUGCCGCAAGAGGCAUAUUAAGCCUGUAGUGUCUGACCUACCCGUACAGGCUGACCUUCUGGCUAGGGUCGAGGCUUAUAGGGACUCCAAGCUAGGACAGUGUCAGAUCCACAACCUGGCACUGUCAUACUGGUGCCGGCAGUGCCAGUCCUCCCUGUGUGGCAACUGCUCCGUCAAGAAAGGUCAUGAUGUAAUACGAAUGAAGGAAUUACUUGACGAGAAGAAGGAGGAACUAAGGGUUCAAGGAGACGCCAUCUUGAGUAAUGUUGUGGAGGAGAAGCAGAAAAUUAUGAUCAAGGUAAAGGAAUGCUCACUUCAGCUACUACGAACGUGUGAAUCAAGUUACCUGCCGGACGACUCAGCCCAAGACGUUAAAGAAAUGUUGUCUGACACCAAAUCCAGCGCUGACUUCCACUUCCUGACGGGGAGCUUAAAGCGUAUGAAGAGCAUCCUCGGAAGCUUGAGUAGAAGCCCCAGUGACAGUGAAAUCUCCUCCUCUUCUUCCUCUCAGGGCUCCAAGACUCCCAGACUGAGGAGAAAGAGAGAGAGAAAAGAGAAUCAACACAAAGACCAGAACACAGAUCUUACACACGAGACCAAAUCAACACAUCGCUACUCUUCUCCACCACAACCUAACUACGUCACCAAUAACCCCACCAAUCACAGACUACAGGGAACGACGUCACCGAAUAACAAUAACAAUCUCCUGAGCCGAACCUCACAACCAUACGGCAGCUUAAAGAAGAAAUCCACCACGACAGAACCCGCCAAAGAUGUCAAAUACGCCCACUAUUCUCAGAUGUACGGAAGCCAAGGUACUUCAGGCAGCAGUAAGGCGGUGGUAGCGAGUCAUGGGCCUCUCCUGGGCUUGUUGGAUCAGUCGCUGUGGCCGCUCAGGUGUUGUGUAUAUGAUGAUGAUGGCCGGAGAGCUCGGCUAUCGUGGGAGGAAGGUCGGCUACACAUGUUUGCCCUCGGGGAAGAUAUUGACGAUGCUCACUUUAUGAUAAAGCUGGCGGUGGUACAGAGCAUCAUCCCACAAGACAGCCCUGAGGUGUUCCUGGACCUGACAGCUAAGGGGCGUCCAUUAGGGCGUGUGUACAUCAAGCUCUGGGGUCAGCUACGGAGGGCCCAACACUACCUGGCACUCUGUAUGGGCACUCAUGGCCCUUCCUACCGGGGUGCCAAGUUCGAGGAGGUGUACUCUAGAGGGCUGAAGGGUGAGUGCCUUCAUGGAGGGCCAUAUUUGACCCCUAGAGGUGACCUAAGUGCCCAAGGGGUCAUGGAUAACCUAGAGUGGGACGGGAAGUUCAAGGGCCCGCAGCAGAAGGGCCUGUUGGUGGGGGCGGGGAGUGGACGACCAGACCGUGACUCAUGCUUCGAUAUUUGUACCAUAGAGAACACCUUCAGGAGCUUCGCCUGCCCCUUCGGUGAGGUCACAGGUGGCUGGGAUACCGUCCUGGCCGCCGUCGCUCACAGACCCGUCAGGGAGGUCACUAUGUAUGAUGUAGGCGUGGUUAUGCCUGACCUAGCGCCUCCCACCACCCAGUGAAGACACGCCCCCUUACAAUAGCAAACCUGUAUUAUACUUGUGUGUUUUCUUCUGCGAUUUAUCAAAGUUCAGAUCGUGGUCUCAAGAGGUCAAGUCAGGUCAGGUUAAGUCGGGUUGUUUUUGGCCAACUAACUAACUGGUGUUAAGUGAAUGUAUCGAGUUAAGGUAGUCUCUCAGUGUGAUUUCAAUCCCGUCGUUCCCUUAACUUCGCCCAAGGAGUUAAAACACUCUCUUGAAUCACUAGUUAAGGAGAAAAAUUAAUAACAAAUCAUCUAAACCAGGUAGUUAUGGGAGACAACUUUAACUUACGAACAACUGAGAACCUAACCUGCUUACCUCGCUGCCAGGAGUCAAAUGAGUGUCUUAAUUAACCCUAAGACUUUAAUCAUUGUUAAGGGUAUUAUUCUGCUCCAAGUUAAUGUAUUAAGUUAAUUGAUUUAUAAGUUAGUUCAUUAAGUUCAUUAACCUAAGGGUGUUGAAUUUCCACAUUGUGUUUGUCUUUUAAAGCUUCUGACCAAACGUGAUAGAUAAAGCUUUUAUUUAUGGGAGUUAACAUAAUUUAACCUAACCUAACCUAACCUACGCUAACCUAACCUAUUCCUUACCAAAUCUACCUUAACCAAACCUAGCCCAGUCUAAUUUAACUUAACCUAAUCCAACUUAACUUACCCAAACCUAAUCAAUCCGACCUAAGCUAAUUUAACCUAAGCUGACUUAACCUGACCUAAGUUAACUUAAUCGUAUCGAAGCUUAAUUUCUUUAACCUAACCUAACCAAAAAUAAAUUGGGUUAAAUUAUGUUAAGUGUUAAAAUUAAUGUCAUCAACAAACAAACAUUGACAACUUCUUGUGUAUAAAAAGAUUAUCUAAUCUUAACUACUGUGAAACCUCCAUUUAACGGACUGUACAACAAAGGAGUCCGUUAAAUGGAGAGUCCGUUAAAUAUGAAACCAAUUAACGGACUAUUAUGACCUUUAAAAUAAUAAUACGGGCCUUUAAAACACCAUACGGUCUUUUUAAAACAUCAUACGGGCAUUUCAAAACAUUAUACGGCCUUUUAAAACACCAUACGGGCCUUUUAAAACACCAUACGGACCUUUUAAAACACCAUACGGACCUCUUAAAACACCAUACGGGCCUUUUAAAACAUCAUACGGGUCUUUAAAACAUCACGUGAGCCUUUAAAAUAAUCAUACGGGCCUUUAAAACACCAUACGGACCUUUUAAAA